UCUGUAGUUGGAAUCGUCACGACGUUCCGCCAAUGAGAAGGGGGUGGUGUCAGUACAGGUCAGCUGACUGCCCGUAGCCAGAAGGUAAGAAGCCAGGCUGAGAGGCUGAGAGAGAGGAAGCAGAGCUGCUCGGUGUCGGACAUGGUGUCGCUGCUGUGCUGCGGGCCCAAGCUGGCCGCCUGUGGGAUCGUACUGAGCGUCUGGGGAGUCAUCAUGCUGGUUCUGCUGGGGGUGUUCUUUAACGUCCAUUCGGCGGUUCUGAUUGAGGACGUGCCCUUCACUGAAGCGGAUCUGUUUGAGGACCCCAAUCCCCCGGCCAAGAUGUACCGCCUGUACGAGCAGGUCUCCUAUAACUGCUUCAUCGCCGCCGCCAUCUACGUUGUCUUGGGGGGCUUCUCCUUCUGCCAAGUGCGGCUCAAUAAACGGAAAGAAUACAUGGUGCGCUGACCUCCCCCCCCGUCCAACCAGAAGGUGGUCUGAUCCACACUGGAACCAACCCUGCGAUGACUUCCUUACGUUCCAAUCAAGCCACCGACGGGCCAACCCACCCAGAGAGCUAUUUAAUAAAUAUCACGUUAUUUAUGAAA